UUAAGAGGACAGCAGACCAGGGAUGUGGGCUGGCCCAAAUACAUGUAUGACUCUCUUGACCAGGAGAAGUCUAAAUCAUCGAUCGCAGUUGCUUCGGUGUGCAGUUUGAACUUCGAACACGUAGCAUAGCCAACAAUCAGUCUGUCUGAGUUGCUCAUAUUCCAUGGUAGGAAAUAUACGUUAAGAAUGGCUGAGGAAUAUUCGUUCUCUUACAUGUUUUAUUUUUAAUUUAAAUAAGCAGCUCAUGUUAUUCACACGAUCUGACAACCUGACGCACUUCUUCCACAAGAACAUCUGGCAUAUGAACGGUCGACCGAUAUCAGUAUAGAAGGGGCUGUGGAGGACAACACCGUACCUUGCUCCCGUUACUGUCAUUUAAAUUGAUAAGGAAGACUCUACUUUGCUAAGUACGUCGAGUCAUGUGCAGGACUUAAUUAUCAAGGGACACAACAUGAGCACAGCUCAGGUACAGUCCUGGACAACCCCCUCUAAAGGGCUCUCUAUAAGAUGCUGUGUUUUGUUUCUCCUGGUGGCAGUGGUGGUUUUUCUAUCUUACUCCACCUUAUACUGGACCCAGCAGAAACGGUCUGUCACGCCCGCUCCAGAGGACCCUGGACCGUACCAUGUGGCCUAUCCGCGGGGUUACAAAUUUGUCACGGACGAACCCGAGAAAUGUCGGACCGGAAAUCGGGCCACGUUCCUGGUGUUGAUGGUCCCUGUGGCGCCCGGUAACCGGCUUGCCAGGGACGCCAUCCGCAGAACUUGGGGAAGUGAGACCCUGGUACAUGGGAGGAAGGUCCAGACUGUCUUCAUAUUGGGUCUGCCUGGUGAACCGGGAGCCCGGGAGUUGCAGGAGGUUACUGAGGAGAGCAGUGUGCACCACGACAUCCUCCAGAGCGACUUCGUGGACAGCUACAGAAACCUGACCAUCAAGACCAUGAUGAUCCUCGAGUGGGUAGUGACGCGAUGCCCCGAGGCCUCCUAUAUCAUGAAGAUUGACUCUGACAUGUUCCUCAACGUCCAGAAUCUGGUCUCCAUGCUCCUCAAGCCCGAAACCCCCAAACAGGAUUUCAUGACCGGUUUAGUGUGGUGGCACAGCCCGGUAAUCCGAAACCCGAACCAGAAGUUCUUCAUGCCCUACAAGGUUUUUGCCGAGCCCGAGUACCCUCCAUACCCACUGGGCUUGGGGUACAUCAUGUCUAGCGACCUGCCCAAGAAGAUCCUGGAGGUGUCUCCACAGAUCAAGCCGAUCUACAUUGAAGAUGCCUAUUUGGGGAUGUGCCUACAGCGCUUGGGCAUCAAGCCCACUGAUCCACCCAGUAAGACCCUCUUCGAUGUCAACCCCUUCUUCAGCUACAGUCGCUGCAAACUAAGACGUGUGAUUGCCGUGACAACCACAGGCGUACAACAACUGCUGAGGUACUGGCAGGACUAUAGAAGUGCCGGCAAGGAGUGCUGAGGUAAUCGCCGUGGCAACACUUCCUGGACCCCUAGUCCGGGGACUUUUGUGCAAGAAACUGAAUUGUAGCCCUCAAACACUCCUUUUGAAGUGUGUUUGCCUUAGGUACUACUUUUUAAGUGACAAGGAAAGUGCCUUAGAAACGUGUGGGGGAGAUCUUCUUACCUCAUUGCCGCCAUUGAGGAAAAUGAAUCACGGUAUGAUGCACGGAUGCCAACUCACAGAUGUUUGUUAUCCCACCAGACGUCUGCGUUUAGCAACAUAAACCAUAACAUGUAUUCCAAUUCGCAUUGAGUAACCAAGUUCAAAAUACAUGUUCAAAUUCAUUAAAUCAACCAGCUCAGGCUUUUUUCUAAACGUUCUCUCUCCUUUUGUGUCAUUUGGAUACAAGAUGCAUCGACUGAAAGAUGUGGAGUGUCAUGAUGUUAGUAUCGCGUCUAUGUAUGCGUCUAUGUAUGUCACUGGCUGUUUUAACAGCGUAUUUGCCAGUAAUAAGCUUUACCGGUAUCAACUAACUUACUGGAAUAGUCU